ACCAUUACGCGGACAAGACUUGUAUAUUAACUUCUAGAGGUUUUAUUUACAGACUUACAGUUUAAGUACGUUAUGACUUUGUUUCUGAACAAAAUAAGUGGAUUAUUUCAAGAUUUUGUCCGCAAACUAUUCAGUCUUGCGAAAACGAGUCUAUAAUAACAAGGAACCGAAAAUCUUGAAUAGGAAUAUUUUUUUAGUAUCCUACAACACUGUCAAUGCAAUGGAAGAUUCGGACACCAGAGCAAUUCUUCCCGAAGAUACUCUAUCGUCUGCAGACGACGACAUACCGAUAAAUGACACAUUUUCUAAAAACGAGGAGGUUGAGAAGAAGGGACACAUUUGCUCUAGACGGCCGCCGUUCGCUUGCCCGCUUUCGGUUUCUGUUGAACCCGUGUUGUUCUUAUCGAUGUUCUCGCUGUCUCUUCAGUGGCCGCUGUCUACGCAGUACCUAUGGGACCGCAUCAGUGAAGACGUCGGUUACAAUGGAACAAAAGGAGGGGGAUGUGCCAACACUUCUGGGCCCCCAGACCCACUUCAAAAGGAGGUGGAGACCCUGACAGCGCACUGGAACCUGUACAUCAAUUUGGGAGGCUUUGCAGUGGGGCUGUUUGUGGUGACUCUGCUGGGCUCCUGGAGCGACCAGGGGGGCCGGCGGCCCGUGCUCAUCCUGCCCAGCCUGGGUCUGGCCCUGCAGGCUGGGGUCUACCUGGUGGUCAUGUACCUCAAGCUGCCCGUGGUCUGGUUCCUCCUGGGCAGGCUGCUCUCAGGCCUCUCAGGCGACUUCAACACCAUCCUGGCAGGCUGCUUUGCCUAUGUGGCUGACACCAGCGACAGGGGCUCCCUGACCUUCAGGGUGGCAGUGCUGGAGGCCUGUCUGGGACUGGCUGGCAUGCUGGCUAGUAUCAUAGGGGGGCAGUGGCGGCAGGCACAAGGGUACAUUAACCCAUUCUGGCUGGUGCUGGCCACUAACCUGGCUGCUGCCCUUUAUGCCUACCUGUUUGUACCCGAGUCCAUCACCCCUGACCCCAGUGCCAAACUCUUCACCACCCGCCACCACCGCACUAUCUACCGCCUCUACUCUGCACUAGGCGACCCCACCGAGGUCGGCAGUCACACAAAAUGGAGGAGGUACAAACUGUGGCUCUACACCUUCUGCUUCUUCCUGGUGGUGACGGUCCACUUUGGCAGCCGGGAGCUGUAUGUUCUGUAUGAGCUGAGCUCUCCGCUGUGCUGGGGCCCAGGGCUGAUUGGCUGGGGGUCUGCAGCCCUGAAUCUGGCCUACCUCAGCAGCCUCCUGGGGUUGAGGACCAUGCAGCGAUGUCUAGAGGACUCCUGGGUGUCUCUGGUGGGACUGGCCUCAAACAUGACCGGCCUGGUGGUCAUCUCACUGGCCAACACUACUGAACUCAUGUUCACAGGCUAUGGGCUGUGCUUCCUCUACAUGGCAGCCACUCCAGUCCUCAGGGCCAAGCUGUCCAAGCUGGUGGGGCCUGAAGAACAAGGUGCGUUGUUUGCGUCGGUGGCCUGUGUGGAGGGGCUGUGUUCCCUGGUGGCCAGCGGCCUCUUUAACUCUCUCUACCCAGCCACCCUGCACAUCAUGAAGGGAUUCCCCUUCCUGUUCGGAGCCCUCCUCCUCCUCAUCCCCACAGGGAUCAUUGGGAUAGUGGAGUGUCGGGAUCAAAGGACAGAUAGAAGAGAGGACUCUGCAACAUCCUGACACUGACAGACAGACAGCCAGACAGACAGGUAGUAGAUAAACUUCCUCACAUCACAGCUUGAGCCUCUGGAAGGCCACAGCCUCUGCUGCCCUACAUACACCUUUUCACCAGUGUGUAGGAGAGGUAGCUGACUGUCAUUCGACCACACAGAGGUUAGAUUCCGUGGCUUCAACACCAAAAGACCAAAAAGCUGGAACCACCAGCCAACCCCCCAUGACAGACAUCACUGUGCGCUACAUCAUGUGAGACAAGAAGAGAAAGAGGUCUGGGUUCCCUGUUGUAUUUUAAACUGAAAAUCUAAUGUGAGCUGACAUACAAUUGUGGUCAAAUAAUACCCACAGUACUAUAUCAAACUAUCCAAGGGCAGGCAGAAAAUACAUGACUCAGAAAAUAUGAAAUUCAAUAACAGUGCAUCUCGAUGUCACCAAAGCAUGCGAGCAGCAGAUAGAUCGGCUUUAGCCCAACUUGUCCAGACUCAACCAUUAGUAUCUCUUAACAAAACGAGACCCAUCGGCUUCUAACAGCAGUCAGGGAGUACUGAGUUACACUGCUUACAGUUUACUGUCAUCCCUCCAUUCAACAGAUAGCCCAGUCUAACCCCUUAAGUGCACUCACACAGCAACCCUGUCACCCCUCCAUACAAUACAACAGAUAGGCAAGGCAAGUCUGUGUGUGUGCCAAUAGAUGGCCUAGUCUAAACUCCCUGCUCCCUAAAGUGUUCUCACAUAGCAACACAUGAUAACCCCGGAGCACAAGGCCACAGCUAGCUCACACACACCACACUCACUGACCUGGGUUCAACCCUCAGUAGCACAGGGGGCAACCAGAUCUCUUAUAACACAUUUAAAAGGAUGCAACUGGAACUGAGGGAUUACGGCCAGGGGAAGAGUUGAAGCAUUACUGUCACUCAGUAUUUGGGAUGAUAUAUUUUGAUUGGCUGUUAGGGAGAAGGAAGGCCUGUGAUAGGCCUACUGGCUUCCUGUCUUCUGAAAUCAUGUAACCAAUGUGUUCAAUGCACUGACUGGAAGUUGCUUUGGAUAAGAGUUUCUGCUAAAUGACUAAAAUGUAAAUGUUGUGAGAAAAUAUUGUGAAUUGAUUUUAUUGUCUGCACCGUACAGUAUUUUUAGAUACUGUGAAUGAUAUUUAUCAUAUUUUAAAAAGGGAACGAAUUAAUGAUUGAAUCAUGCAAAUUAUAUAUUUGACAACACUUAUAAAGCAUUCAUAGCACCUUGUAGAUGCAGACUGGGAACAUAUGAAACUCUACAAUAAAGCAAGCCACAAAAGCUCAUGGUAUAUCAUGAGCGUUUCACAACUAGGGGCCUUCUGCCUCAUGCCUUACUGAUUUAGUCUGUAGUUUCAUUACGAUUGCAUCAAUGAUUGCAUCUAUUAGCUGCUAUGAAUAUGUUAAUAAUAAUAUGGCAAUAUAACGCUUCAUAGGGAUCCAUUUCAAGUACACAGAACGAAUCACAGAUUUACUGUAUCAGGUUAGUUGUUUUUAUUGCGUCACUGUAUUGUAAAAUGACAACACUGCCUAAAUCUUGAAUAAAUUUUUUUAACAAGAA